CGGAGUCGCCGCCGCCCGAGCGCAGCAGAGCGCACGCCGAGCCCGUCUGUCGCCGCCAUGGCCACCACGGUGACCUGCACCCGCUUCACCGACGAGUACCAGCUCUACGAGGAUAUUGGCAAGGGGGCUUUCUCUGUGGUCCGGCGCUGUGUCAAGCUCUGCACCGGCCAUGAGUAUGCAGCCAAGAUCAUCAACACCAAGAAGCUGUCAGCCAGAGAUCACCAGAAACUGGAGAGAGAGGCUCGGAUCUGCCGUCUUCUGAAGCAUUCCAACAUCGUGCGGCUGCACGACAGCAUCUCUGAGGAAGGGUUCCACUACCUGGUCUUUGAUCUGGUCACAGGCGGGGAAUUGUUCGAGGAUAUCGUGGCCCGAGAGUACUACAGCGAGGCGGAUGCCAGUCACUGUAUCCAGCAGAUCCUGGAGGCUGUUCUGCACUGCCAUCAGAUGGGGGUCGUCCACAGGGACCUCAAGCCCGAGAACCUGCUCCUGGCCAGCAAGUGCAAAGGGGCGGCCGUGAAGCUGGCGGACUUCGGCCUGGCCAUCGAGGUGCAGGGGGACCAGCAGGCAUGGUUUGGGUUUGCCGGCACGCCAGGCUACCUGUCCCCAGAGGUCCUGCGCAAGGAGGCCUAUGGCAAGCCAGUGGACAUCUGGGCAUGCGGGGUGAUACUGUACAUCCUGCUGGUGGGCUACCCACCCUUCUGGGACGAGGACCAGCACAAGCUGUACCAGCAGAUCAAGGCGGGAGCCUACGACUUUCCAUCUCCUGAGUGGGACACAGUCACUCCUGAAGCCAAAAACCUCAUCAACCAGAUGCUGACCAUCAACCCUGCCAAGCGCAUCACAGCCCACGAGGCGCUGAAGCACCCGUGGGUCUGCCAACGCUCCACGGUGGCCUCCAUGAUGCACAGGCAGGAGACCGUGGAGUGCUUGAAAAAGUUCAACGCCCGAAGGAAGCUCAAGGGUGCGAUCCUCACCACCAUGCUGGCCACGAGAAAUUUCUCAGUGGGCAGACAGACCACCGCUCCGGCCACAAUGUCCACCGCGGCCUCCGGCACCACCAUGGGGCUGGUGGAACAAGCCAAGAGCUUACUCAACAAGAAGGCUGACGCGGGGAAGCCCCAGACAAAUAGCACCAAGAACAGCGCUGCUGCCACCAGCCCGAAGGGGACGCUUCCUCCCGCUGCCCUGGAGCCUCAAACCACCGUCAUUCAUAACCCCGUGGACGGGAUCAAGGAGUCAUCGGACAGCACUCACACCACUAUAGAGGACGAGGACACGAAAGCACGGAAGCAGGAGGUCAUCAAGAUCACCGAGCAGCUCAUCGAGGCGGUCAACAACGGGGACUUCGAGGCCUACGCGAAAAUCUGCGACCCAGGCCUGACCUCGUUCGAGCCUGAAGCGCUGGGCAACUUGGUCGAAGGGAUGGAUUUCCACAGAUUCUACUUCGAGAACCUGCUCGCCAAGAACAGCAAGCCCAUCCACACGACCAUCCUGAACCCACACGUACACGUCAUCGGGGAGGACGCCGCGUGCAUCGCCUACAUCCGCCUGACGCAGUACAUUGACGGGCAGGGCCGGCCCCGCACCAGCCAGUCUGAGGAGACGCGCGUGUGGCACCGCCGUGACGGCAAGUGGCAGAACGUGCACUUCCACUGCUCGGGCGCGCCCGUGGCGCCGCUGCAGUGAAGAGCUGUGGCCGGCUUCGUGGGACAGACUCAGUGUUUGGAGCCCGGCCGCCCUCCUGCGGCCUGCCUGUCGCAUGUUUGUGUCUGCCUCGUUCCUCCCCUGGUGCCUGUGUCUGCAGAAAACCAAGACUGGAUGUGAUUUCUUUUUAACAACAAGAGGACAACCACCACCACCAAAAAAAAAAAAAAAAAUUUUGAUGUUGGAUGAAACAGGAGAAAAAAAGGCAAAAGCUGUACAAACCACUGGCACCUGCGGGGCCUUGAACCGCCGGGCACCCCCCACCCACGCUCCAUGUGUCUGUCACUCCUGGCCCCUUGGGGAGCAGUGGGGCAGUGACCUUGUCCACAGGGGCCGGGCCGAGGAACGGUGUUUGUUAGGUCUGCAUACCCCCCCCACAACCCGCCGUGCAUGGCCGCCAUCAGGAGUGUCGGCCACCUGGGGCCAAGGGGACCCGAGCACGGAUGUUCCCCUCCCUUCCUCUCAUGCCCCCAGCAUGGAUGAGCAGUGCAGAGGCCGGGCCGGCCCCCGGGGGCCCGAUGAGCCAUCUGAGAAGCCCCCGUGGGCCCAGGGCUCCCGCUCUGGCCCCUCCAGGGCCAGGGAAGUACACACUUCCCAACUGGCAGAGUCUGGCCGAGAGGAUGCUGUUGGCGGCAGCCCGGUUGGGAGGGGAACCCUUGGGUUCCCACAGCACCUCCCUCCUGUUUGGGGUGGCUCCCCUCCACCCACCUCCCUCACCAGCCGGUGCGGCCACAGAGGGGCCCUAGGCUUGGUCCAGAGGCAGGAGGAGGAGAGGGGUCAAAAGGCGGUGCAUGGCACCCUAUACUCCCAGGCCAGGGCGGGCGCAGCAGGGGUUUGUGAACAGUGCACUUUCGGAGUCUAGGCUCAGAGCCGAGGGAGGGAGGGCUACCCUGGGCUUGAGGGGCAAGGUGUGGUGGACCCCCCAGUAGGCCUCUCCAGGCUGCUGUGGGGGGGGGCGGGGGUGACAGGGACCCUGGGAUGAGAAGACAGGCUGGGCCCAUCGCAGUGUGCACCUGCGAGCUGGUGGGCACUGGGGUCCGACGGCAGCAGAGUGCGCCCAGGGCAGCCAGCCAGGUGGGCUGGUCAGGGGCUGUGAUCGCCAAGCUGCGGACCCUGCCACUCCAACACCUGCCCCUUAAUUCACAUUUUCAACAAGGAUUUUCUUUAUCUUCCCCCACAAAUCAAGCCACGGGAGGGGCACAGAGUGGGGAACAGGACACAGGACGCUGGUCUCCAAGGGGACUGUCCCUCAGCAGACACUCCGAAUGGACACUCACCUGCCCGUCCACGGCUGUGCUCAGGACAGCUGUCCCCACCCAUGGACACAGGGUAAACAUCUGCCAGGCUCCCUGGGCCGCGGGCAGCGGCAAGACUCACCGUGCACAGCGUGUAGCCUGGCCACCCUCACCUCCGGGGGCCUCCUCCCCUCCUCCCCUCACCUGUUAUCUCCACGGAGCUGCCUGUCUGGGAUAAUUGGGGAUUUUUCCGGGGGUAGUUCUUUUGCAUGACCCCUCUCGGGCAGGCCACACCUGCUCUUCUAGCUAGAUGUCAGAGGUGUGGCCGCUCUGCGGAGGGCCAGCUGCCCGCAGUGCUGGCCGGCCCCCCCCUUCUCUCUUUUUGCUGAGUUCCAUUGUCUUUUCUUUCUGAGCCUUGUAAGUGUAAAAAAUCAUUAUUUUGUUCUGUCUCGGGAAACUGCAAAUAAAAGAAAAAACAGGACAAA